UCGCCCAGCCCCGCGCGAUGGUGACUCUGGGCGCGGAGGGUGGCUAUGGGAGAGCCCGCAGAUCGCAGCAGCGUGAAGGCGGGGAGCGCGGCGGGCGGCGGGCGGGGACUGUUUCCCCGACCUCAGCACCCAGAGAAGCGGCUCAACCACCUGAACCCCGAAAACGCCAACAAGUAGUUUCUCCUUUGAGGAGGGCGGCUCAGCUGGCCACAGUGACUCCGUCCGACUGCAGGAAGAACCUCGUCCACACGGAGACCCAAGCAGAUCCACUUUUCUCCCGGUCUCCUUAAGUCAUGUCUGAGCCACAGAGAUGGGCAAGAUCGAGAACAACGAGAGGGUGAUCCUCAAUGUCGGAGGCACCAGGCACGAAACCUACCGCAGCACUCUCAAGACCCUUCCUGGAACUCGCCUGGCCCUUCUCGCCUCCUCUGAACCUCAGGGCGACUGCCUGACUGCUGCGGGUGACAAGCUGCAGCCGCUGCCCCCUCCGCUGUCUCCACCGCCGCGACCGCCUCCCUUGUCCCCUGUCCCCAGCGGCUGCUUCGAGGGCGGCGCAGGCAACUGCAGUUCGCACGGUGGCAAUGGCAGCGACCACCCUGGGGGAGGCCGCGAAUUCUUCUUCGAUCGCCACCCAGGAGUCUUCGCCUAUGUUCUCAACUACUACCGCACGGGCAAGCUGCACUGCCCCGCUGACGUGUGUGGACCGCUCUUCGAGGAAGAGCUGGCAUUCUGGGGCAUCGAUGAGACCGACGUGGAGCCCUGCUGCUGGAUGACCUACAGGCAGCACCGGGAUGCGGAGGAGGCCCUGGAUAUCUUCGAGACACCCGACCUCAUCGGAGGCGACCCUGGUGAUGAUGAGGACCUAGGGGCCAAGAGACUGGGCAUUGAGGAUGCUGCGGGGCUGGGAGGACCCGAUGGCAAGUCUGGCCGCUGGAGGAAGCUGCAGCCUCGCAUGUGGGCUCUCUUUGAGGACCCCUAUUCAUCCAGAGCCGCUAGGUUUAUUGCUUUUGCUUCUCUGUUCUUCAUUUUGGUUUCCAUCACAACCUUUUGCCUGGAGACACACGAAGCUUUCAAUAUUGUUAAAAACAAGACAGAGCCCGUCAUCAACGGCACCAGCGCUGUUCUCCAGUACGAAAUCGAAACGGAUCCUGCCUUGACGUAUGUGGAAGGAGUGUGUGUGGUGUGGUUUACUUUUGAAUUUUUAGUCCGUAUUGUUUUCUCGCCCAAUAAACUUGAAUUCAUCAAAAAUCUCUUGAACAUCAUUGACUUUGUGGCCAUCCUCCCCUUCUACUUAGAGGUGGGACUCAGCGGGCUGUCUUCCAAAGCGGCUAAAGAUGUGCUCGGCUUUCUCAGGGUGGUUAGGUUUGUGAGGAUCCUGAGAAUCUUCAAGCUUACCCGCCAUUUCGUAGGUCUGAGAGUGCUCGGCCAUACUCUUCGUGCGAGCACCAAUGAGUUUUUGUUGCUGAUCAUCUUCCUGGCUCUGGGAGUUUUGAUAUUCGCUACGAUGAUCUACUACGCUGAGCGAGUAGGGGCUCAACCUAACGAUCCCUCAGCGAGUGAGCACACACAGUUCAAAAACAUCCCCAUUGGUUUCUGGUGGGCUGUGGUGACCAUGACUACCUUAGGCUAUGGGGAUAUGUACCCCCAAACAUGGUCAGGGAUGCUGGUGGGGGCCUUGUGUGCUCUGGCUGGAGUGCUGACCAUAGCUAUGCCUGUGCCCGUCAUUGUCAACAAUUUCGGGAUGUACUACUCCUUGGCAAUGGCGAAGCAGAAACUUCCAAGAAAAAGAAAGAAGCACAUUCCUCCUGCCCCUCUGGCAAGCUCACCUACAUUUUGCAAGACAGAAUUAAACAUGGCUUGUAACAGUACCCAGAGUGACACAUGUCUGGGCAAAGAAAACCGGCUUCUGGAACAUAACAGAUCAGUGUUAUCAGGUGACGACAGUACAGGAAGUGAGCCGCCAUUAUCACCUCCAGAAAGGCUCCCCAUCAGACGCUCUAGUACCAGAGACAAAAACAGAAGAGGGGAAACAUGUUUCCUGUUGACGACAGGUGAUUACACGUGCGCUUCUGAUGGAGGAAUCAGGAAAGGAUAUGAAAAAUCCCGAAGCUUAAACAACAUAGCGGGCUUGGCAGGCAAUGCUCUGAGACUCUCUCCAGUAACAUCCCCCUACAACUCUCCGUGUCCUCUGAGGCGCUCUCGGUCUCCCAUCCCGUCUAUCUUGUAAACCAAACGGCACCAAUCGGCUAAAUUCUAUCACUACAACUCCUGUCCACCCUGUAAUGGAAACAAUUAACUGUAGAGUUUCUCCGGGCUCCAUUAAGAACAGUGUAGAUCCUGCAUGACAUUACUAUUCGAAGUCAGAAAUGCUACUCGAGUAGCUAGAACAUCUUAUCCUGGCUUUAAAGAUGGCCUAAAGUAGUGCUGCUAUUCAGUAAGAGUUGCCCAAUUUUCCUUUCGCUAUACGGUGACCAAUAGCGUCAGAUAUUGGCCAGUACACGAAUGCAUAAGCAUAUAUUCAGGGAGAUAUUCUUUAAUAGUGUGCUUCUAAAUGCCAACCACUUCACUGGACCUUCCUUUCUUGUGACUGACUCCAACCCAUUCUGAAGAUGUCUGGGAUCCUAUCUAGAUCGUAUAAACCAUGACUUUGGUCAGCUCGUGUGCAUGGACCAUCUUGUCUGUAUCACCUGAAUACAGUGUGUAGUGUCCUGGUACCGGAUGGCUCGGGGACACAUAUACUCACUUCAAACCAUCCUGCAAAUGUGAACGCGCUGGGAGCCUGUUCUGCAUGUGGAAUUGUGGGGCAGGGAGGGGCGCCUUUCUCCUUGCUAUCCCCCACCCAUUGUUUGAUAGAUGUAUUUACUUUAAAUACCUUAAUUUCUCGAUUGAUUUAUUUUUCUUAAAAAAAUGAAAACGAAAACAAAAACAAAUGCUGUUUUGGUGUUCUGAAUGUUUUUGGUUGUUUGUACACACAGAUAACUGCAAAGAUGUUGUCAUUACUGGUUACACGCAAGCCGAGGCCAGAUCUCUUACUUAAUGACUUGGGAAAGGCACAAAACAUGAAAGAAAGGUAACGGCUAACCAGGCUUGCAUUGUUUAGCCAAGAAUUGCUGCUUGGUACUAGAGCCAUUUCCCCCCUUAUAAGUCCUAGAAUUUGUCAUUACUUUUAGAUGUAGAGUGCCAAAUAUUACCCAAAGCUUUUGUCUAUUUUUUCUUGCCUCUUUGUUUUUUAUUUAUUAUUUUGCGUGAACAUUAAAA